GAGGAGCUUGGCCUGCCCCGAGCCGCAGGAGCAGGGCCAGCGAUGGAGCCCGCAGCCCGGGGUCGCGCCCCGCCCUGAGCCCCACAGCCAGCCAUGCUGCCCCGUGGGCGACCCCGGGCACUGGGGGCCGUCGCGCUGCUGCUGGUCCUGUUGCUGUUGGUCGGGUUCUUCCUGUUCGGAGGGGACCCCGAGUACGGGCUGAGGGCAGCUGCCUCCAUUGAUGAAGACCCGCACCGCAACCACAACCUCUCUGCCUCCGUCCUGCAGCUGCCACUGUCACCCAAGUGCGAGCUCUUGCAGGUGGCCAUUGUGUGUGCAGGAUACAACUCCAGCCGAGAGGUCGUCACCCUGGUCAAAUCAGUGCUGUUUUACAGGAAAAACCCCCUACAUCUCCACCUGGUGACUGAUGCUGUGGCCAGAAGCAUCCUGGACACACUCUUCCGCACGUGGAUGGUGCCCGCUAUGGUGGUCAGCUUCUAUGAUGCUGAGGAGCUCAAGCCACUGAUUUCCUGGAUCCCCAACAAGCACUACUCUGGCUUCUAUGGACUAAUGAAGCUAGUGCUUCCCAGUGCCCUACCUCUCAGCCUGGCCCGAGUCAUUGUCCUGGACACGGAUGUCACCUUUGCCUCCGAUAUCGCAGAACUCUGGGCACUCUUUGCUCACUUUUCUGAUGAGCAGGUGAUCGGUCUCGUGGAGAACCAGAGCAACUGGUACCUGGGAAACCUCUGGAAGAACCAUAGACCCUGGCCUGCCUUGGGCCGGGGAUUUAACACAGGUGUGAUCCUGCUGCGGCUGGACCAGCUUCGUCAAGCAGGCUGGGAGCAGAUGUGGAAGCCAACUGCGAAGCGAGAGCUCCUCACUCUGUCUGCCACGUCCCUGGCUGACCAGGACAUCUUGAAUGCUGUCAUUAAGGAGCACCCAGAGCUGGUACAGCCCCUGCCUUGUGUCUGGAACGUGCAGCUGUCAGACCACACGUUGGCCGAGCGCUGCUACCUGGAGGCAGCUGACCUCAAGGUGAUCCACUGGAACUCACCAAAGAAGCUGCGGGUGAAAAACAAGCAUGCAGAGUUCUUCCGCAAUUUGUACUUGACCUUCCUGGGAUAUGAUGGGAGGCUGCUGCGGAGAGAGCUCUUCGGGUGUCCCAGCCAGCUGCCACCUGGGGCUGAGCAGUUGCAACAGGCUCUGGCACAGCUGGAUGAGGAAGACCCCUGCUUUGAGUUCCAGCAGCAGCAGCUCACUAUGUAUCGUGUGCAUAUCACCUUCCUGCCCCACCAGCCGCCACCUCCUAGGCCUCAUGAUGUCACCUUGGUGGCUCAGCUCUCUAUGGACCGGCUGCAGAUGCUGGAAGCCUUGUGUAGGCACUGGCCAGGCCCCAUGAGCCUGGCCUUGUACCUGACAGACGCAGAGGCCCAGCAGUUCCUGCAUUUUGUGGAGACUUCGGCGGUGCUCUCUGCGAGACAGGAUGUGGCCUACCAUGUGGUGUACCGGGAGGGUUCCCUCUACCCAAUCAACCAGCUCCGCAAUGUGGCCUUGGCCCAGGCCCUCACACCUUACGUCUUUCUCAGUGACAUUGACUUCUUGCCUGCCUACUCCCUCUACGACUACCUCAGGGCUUCCAUUGAGCAGCUGGAGCUGGGCAGCCGUCGGAAGGCAGCUCUGGUGGUGCCUGCAUUCGAGACCCUGCACUAUCGCUUCAGCUUCCCUACCUCCAAGGCAGAGCUGUUGGCCUUAUUGGACGAAGGCUCUCUCUAUACCUUCAGGUACCACGAGUGGCCAAGGGGUCACAUGCCCACGGAUUAUGCCCGUUGGCGGCAGGCCCGGGCACCAUACCGUGUGCAAUGGGCAGCUGACUAUGAGCCCUAUGUGGUGGUACCACAUGAUUGUCCCCGCUAUGAUCCUCGCUUUGUGGGCUUUGGCUGGAACAAGGUGGCUCACAUCAUAGAGCUGGAUGCACAGGAAUAUGAACUUUUGGUGCUGCCUGAGGCCUUCACCAUCCAUUUGCCUCACGCUCCAAGCCUGGACAUCUCUCGCUUCCGCUCUAGCCCCACAUAUAGGGACUGCCUCCAGGCCCUCAAGGAGGGGUUCCACCAGGACUUGUCACGUCACUAUGGGGCUUCUGCUCUCAAAUACCUCACUGCCUUACAGCAGCCCCGAAGCCCAGCCUGAGCUCACCAGGCUGCCCCUGGCUGUGGCUCACAUUUCCUGCAGACAUUGGUGCCUCUCCUCUCCCACCCCACCGACACCACUGCUAU